CUUCAUUGGACAGUCUGUUGUAUCUUUAUUGGACAGUCUGUUGUCUCUUUAUUGGACAGUCUGAUGUCUCUUUAUUGGACAGUCUGAUGUCUCUUUAUUGGACAGUCUGAUGUGUUUCUAUUGGACAGUCUGUUGUCUCUUUAUUGGACAGUCUGAUGUCUCUUUAUUGGACAGUCUGAUGUCUAUUUAUUGGACAGUCUGAUGUCUCUUUAUUGGACAGCCUGUAGUCUAUUUAUUGGACAGUCUGAUGUCUCUUUAUUGGACAGCCUGUAGUCUCUUUAUUGGACAGAUUUUUUGUAGGCGCUUUGUUUUACAUCUCUUUGUUGGACUGUUGGACAUCUUCUAGUUGCAGUGUGUCUACUCAGAGAUGAACAGUCACUUUCUUCAGAGCGCGCUCAUUGUGUUUUUCCUGUUGCUGUGGGAGGAGUCAGGCUGUAAGGCAUUGUCACUGAAGCCCUUCCUCCUGCAUAAGAUAUCAGGAGAAAGGGGAGGUGAUGUGGGAGGAGCACGAGGUGCUGAAGGACAAGUAAGAGGAAUCAACUCCCCCCACAGGAGGAAAAGGAGCUGGGUGUGGAACCAGUUCUUCAUCCUGGAGGAGUAUACUGGAGAUGAGCCGCUGUACGUUGGAAAGCUCCACUCGGAUGUGGAUAAAGGGGACGGUCAGGUGAGGUACUUCCUGAGUGGUGAAGGAGCAAUGUCCAUCUUCACCAUUGAUGAAAACACUGGGGAUAUUCACGCCACCAAGAGGCUGGAUCGGGAACAGCAAGCAUACUUCACCUUGAGAGCUCAGGCUAGAGACAGAAACACCAACCUGCUGGUUGAACCCGAGUCUCUGUUCAUCAUCAAAGUCCAGGACAUCAAUGACAACGAGCCAAAGUUCCUGGACGGACCGUACACAGCCAGGGUACCGGAGAGGUGUCCUGUAGGUACGUCUGUGAUGACAGUUGUGGCGACAGACGAUGACGAUCCAACUUAUGGAAACUCUGCCGGACUAGUUUACAGCCUCCUGCAAGGUCAGCCAUUCUUCUCUGUGGAGCCAAAGACCGGUGUGGUGCGGACGGCUCUUCCUGACAUGGAUCGGGAGAUACGUGAAAGCUACCUACUGGUCGUCCAGGCCAAGGACAUGAUUGGUCAGAUGGGGGGUCUGUCAGGUACUACUUCUGUCACUGUGAUGCUGACUGAUGUCAACGACAACCCGCCUCGUUUCCCCCGCAAGAGUUACCAGUUCAGUGUUCCAGAGUCUGCCAUGGUUUCCACAGUGGUUGCUAAGAUCAAAGCUCUGGAUCUGGAUAUUGGUCUAAACUCUGAGAUGGACUACCGAGUUCUGGAUGGAGAUGGACUGGGAACCUUCCGGGUCAUCACUGACCCAAAUACACAGGAAGGCCUGGUGACUCUACAAAAGGCUCUGGAUUUUGAGGCCAAAUCGAGCUACUUGUUGCGUGUGGAGGCGUCCAAUCACUUUCUGGAUACUCGUUUCCUGUCCAUUGGUCCUUUCAGAGAUGUGGCUGUGCUCCGUCUGCUGGUGGAGAACGUGGACGAGCCUCCAGUCUUCUCUUCAUCCAUUAGUCGAAUGGUGGUCUCUGAAGCAGCUGCAGUGGGAGCUGAGGUGGGGUCAGUUUCAGCUCGAGACCCAGACAACAUCAACAGUCCUAUCAGGUACUCUAUAGACAGGAAGUCCGAUGUGGAGUGUUACUUUAACAUUGAUAGCGUUUCAGGAGUGAUUAGCACAGCCAGGCCUUUGGACAGAGAGAUCAAUGCUGUGCACAACAUCAGCGUCCUGGCCACCGAGAUCUUGGAUCUGUCUCAGGUGGGGAAAUCUGUGGUUCUUAUAUCUGUGACGGACAUUAACGAUAACGCUCCCGGCUUGGCUAACGACUACAAAACAUUUGUAUGUGAGAAUGCAGAACCUGGACAGGUCAUUGAGACCCUGAGUGCAGUGGAUCCUGAUGACCCAGAUAAUGGACAUCACUUCUUGUUCUCUCUGGGUGCUGAGGAUGCUGGGAAUAUGAGUUUCUACCUCAGAGACAAUGAAGACAACACGGUGUCCGUCCUGACUCGUCGUGCUGGUUUCCUGCAACAAGACCAGCCUGUUCACUUCCUGUCAGUGGUGGUGUCAGACGGCGGCGGUCUCUCUCUCAGUAGCACCAACACGCUGUCUAUCACUGUCUGCGACUGUGACGCCCACGGGAACCAUGGCUCCUGCAACUACGAGGAAUCACCACAGCUUGUUGGCUUCAGUACUGCUGCCAUGGUGACAGUCCUCACCUGCAUCCUCGCUGUGCUGUGUGUCGUCAUGGUAACCCUUACUGUCAGGCACAGGGGGAGGGAGCCUCUGAUGACAGAGGGUGAGCAAGAGGUUCGUGAGAACAUUGUUCGUUACGAUGAUGAAGGUGGAGGUGAGGAGGAUACCGAGGCCUAUGACAUGUUUACGUUGAGAACUUUGAACCAAACAAACGAGGUCUGCCACGACACCGACAUGAGCACACCUGAGGACAGUGCAGACAGAUACCUGUUCCAGGUGUUCAUCAGGGACAGACUACAGGAGGCAGACCUAGACAAGACAGAGCCCCCCUAUGACUCUCUGCAGACCUACGCCUUCGAGGGCAGCGGGUCUGCCACACACUCUCUCAGCUCAUUAAACUCCUUCAGGUCAGCACAGUCAGACCACAACUACGACUUCCUGAGAGUUUGGGGGCCCAGGUUCAAGAAGCUUGCAGACCUCUAUGGACCCCAAGAAGUGGGGGGGGCUGCCUCCUUGUCCUCAGAUCAGAGAGAUCACAUCAAAUCAAGCUUUUAGUCAAAGAGUCACAUGGGAUCACUGAGUUCAUCAACAAAGCCUCCACAUUUU